UGCACAAUUCAUCAGACAGGCACACACAUUCAAAGUGCAAACAACAAGGACUUGAGAAGGGAUCAUUCAAGUCAAACUAAGGUUUCCAGUAACAAACGUAACACUGUGGAAAAACCUUCUUCAACGAUGGCUCAUAGCAAGAUAACAUAUGCUGUUUUUUUGGUGGCAGUUAUUACUGCUGUUGACAUGGUCUGUGCGGGACAACUUGGAGGACCAAGUUUCGGGGGUGGAGGAUAUAGUGGCAGGCCAUCGUCCUCAUAUGGCGCACCGGGUUUCGGUGGUUACAGCGGAGGUGGUGGCAGUUUUGGGGGCGGCGCCGGAGGUUAUGACGGAGGACAGCCAACGCCAUAUAACUUUCAGUACGCGGUAAGAGACGCUGCUAGUGGCAACGACUAUAAGCAACAGGAGAGCAGCGACGGACGAACUGUGCAGGGCGAAUACCGCGUGCUGCUACCCGACGGUCGCAAUCAGAUAGUCAAGUACAGAGCUGAUGACGCCACCGGCUUCAACGCCGACGUCCAGUACGAAGGUCAGGCAUCGUUUCCAUCGGGAGGCGGUGGCUUCGGAGGCGGCCACGGAGCUUUUGGUGGACGUGGUGGUGGUGGUGGUGGUUCAAAUGCGUACCUUCCACCCGGGUACAAGAAAUAGCCAUGCCUUCGUAAUCGAUCACUGCUUAAUGCAAACUACAUUAUAGGCCUAUAAAUAAGCUUCCAAUACGACAAGGUAAUUGAGUUGAUUAACUUAACAAAGCGAUACUUUGUAAAAACGGGUACAAUGGUCAGAUAAAGCUAUGCCUUCUCUUAUAGAUGAAAAUAAUGUGAUCUCUGGUAACUUAACUUUUACGUUUACGUUACAUUGCGUGGCUGAUAUCGUUCAUAAACCUUAACUUUAAUUGUUUUAUUUCUUAGCGUAGAAGUCAAAUUAUUAAUAAUGUGAUAUAUCGUUUAAUGAGCGUGUGUGUAAUAGACAGAGUUGAAAGCAUGUAUGUUAUAAUAAUAUAUACAUAUUAUAAAUCUUGUAUUGCCUAAUAUGUGAAAAUAAAAAAAAAUAUCAUCAGCUACAAACCUAAAAACGUA